AUGAAGAAAGCUGGCCGGCGCUCUAUCCGGACUGAGGUGCCCUCGCAGCUACGAGUCGCUGCAACACCUGCGCAGCGCCGGAUGCACUGGAAUGUCAAGCCAUGGUGCACGGAUACCUCGAGCGAUGCUAGGACAGGUCGAGCUGCGCUGCGUCUGGGUCACGGUAUGGCUGGUAUGGUCUUCAAGUUAUAUCCACAAUUUGAGAAUGCUCCGAUGACUCUCUCGGAGUCGACUUCGAAGUCGAAGCGUACGGAAGUCAAAAUGAGCGCGCUCCGUGGCAUCUCCGCAAUGCGCAUACAGGUCACCCUUUCUAGGGUGACCAUCCACGCGAUCCGCCGCAUGGCUCGGCGCGAGAACUCCCGAGGUCUACGGAAUCAGCGUCAUAUCGAACUUACUACAGCCAGUGGACGGAUGGCUGCGGUCUGGAUCCCGACAAGGAGUGCAACCAUGAAAUGGCCGCAUAUCGUCGCUCUCUUGUAUGAACUUACGUUCGGUGCGGACAUUGGCUCGACGAAUCGAUUAGCUGAGUUCCAGACGCACGAGCGUCAAGGCGCACCCUGGAAUACGGGUUUCAGUCUGAAUGAUGAGCGGGACGCGCAAUCCUCUUUCCAGGCACCGAGGCCGCGGACGGUAUGCCGCGUUCUAUUGCUUGAGCUUCCCCUUUACUUCAUCCACUCCUCUGGUGCUAGCGCCUAG